GUGGUUGGUAUUGGGUGUGGCCAAUUUGUUGUCAUGGCCGCUAGAUUUUGGAGAACUGGGAUUGUCACUUCUCGUCUAUUUCUCAGACGCAGGACUGUCUUCUCGUCUGCUGCCAGACUAGGAAGCAAUGAUAAAGUCACUCACACCGGACAAAAAUGGGAAGAAACUGAUUAUCGUAAUGUGAGGUUUAUCGAUAGAGAAAAACAAGUUAACGAGCAAUUUGCUAUUGAUCUGCUAGCUGAAGAACCAGUUACGCUGAUAAGUGGUCGAACUCAUACUUACUGUGAUGGAGGUCAUGGAGCAUUGGGUCAUCCUAAAGUUUACAUUAAUCUUGACAAGCCAGAGAUAAACGACUGUGGCUAUUGUGGUAAAAGAUUCCUUGCUUCAAAGCACAAGAACUUAUUUCCUAACGAACAGUUUGAGGACUUGCAAUAGCAAUUAUAGUAAUGAUAUUAGUGCCUAAUAACUGUACCAGCAAAGAUUAGUUUAUCAUUGCAUUAUAAAGUGGGAAAUUUUGAUGUUACCAUAAACUAUAAUUAACUUCAUUAAAAAUA